CAUUUAGUAUUGUUUUAAUUUAGUGUGUGUGUGUGUGUGUGUGUGUGUGUGUGUGUGUGUGCGCGUGCGUGUGUACAUAUGUUCAAGCAUGCAUGUGAGGGCUAGGUUGGAGAAUAGCUUUCAAGAGUCUGUUCUCUCUCCCCUAUGUGGGUUCCUGGGAUUGAACUCAGGUUAUAGGAUUCAGCAGCAAGUGCCCUUAGUUACUGAGCCAUAUCACAAGCCCUGAGUUAUAGAAUAUUUUUGUUUGUAAUCAUGCACAAGAAGAAAGGUAAAUCUUAAGAGAGAAGAGCAUAACAAUCACUCAUGAUAGAGGGACUUUUUAAGUCCAUCAGUAACGAGCAGUUUGUGUGUUGUAACCUUAUGUAGAAUCCACUUGGUGCAUGCCUUUAAUCCCAGAAGGCAGAAGCAGGUGGAUCUCUGAGUUCAAGGCCAGCCUGGCCUACAGAGUGAGUUCCAGGACAGCCAGAGCCAUCCAUAUAGAGAAACCCUGUCUUGAAAAAUAAUAAAUUAAUAAAUAUCUACUCGGUGAUUCACAAGCCAAUUCUCUUCUCAGCCAUGCCCUACUAUCACGAAUGCUAUAAUUUCAUUGCAAGGAAUCAGCCAACAACAAAAAUCUACUUUUGUACAUCAACUUAUGCACCCCCAAUAACAAUAACACUACCAAUAGUAAUGUACAGAAAUGUACAAAUAUAAGUACUGACCAAAGAAUCAGUAAUAGACCAUUUAGAAAUAGUCUUGAUGUAGUUCUUGAAACUUGUGGGAGAUGAGCAUUUACUAGAAAAAAAGGGUGAUCCCAAAUAAAAACAUCAUUUGAAAAAGGAAAGGGCAGAGUGUGUGCUUUUUAGAAAAGAAUAAUUAAAUUAUACUUAAGGCUUGCAGGCCCUCCCUCAUCAGCACAUGGCUUAGUAAAGAGAGCUGGCUGCUAGCACUUUCCGUUGUUGAUCCUGUUUGCUCAUUUAGAUUAACAUGGGGGCCUGUUUGAUCUGUGCAACAACUGCUGUCAUGCUCCUGGAGUAGAGCCCUUCAUACAACAGCUGCACAACCAUCCCCAGGAACUCCACUCUGUGAUGUGCAACAGACUCCUGAAUUGUUCUGUUUGUAAACGAAGUGGUCUUUGAGACUUCUUUGGUGGCUGCUCCACUACUCCCCAAGAUGGCAGAGACCCAUUAUGCUCCACUGAGCUCAUCUUUCCCCUUUGUCACAUCAUACCAAACAGGCUGCAGCAGUUUACCUGAGAUCAGCAGGAGCACUGAAAGAGCUUUAAGAGAAGGAAAACUACCAGAACUGGUCUGUGGAAUCAAGGAGACUGUGGCAACAUUGUCCCAGAAUCCAGUGAACAUCUUUGUGACUGGGGACUCGGGCAAUGGCAUGUCAUCUUUCAUCAAUGCACUUCGAAUCAUUGGCCAUGAGGAAGAUGCCUCGGCUCCCACUGGGGUGGUGAGGACCACGCAGACACGGGCUGAGUACUCUUCAUCCCACUUUCCCAAUGUGGUACUGUGGGACCUCCCUGGAUUGGGGGUCACAGCCCAAACUGUAGAGAACUAUAUGGAAGAGAUGAACUUCAGCAUGUGUGACCUAUUCAUCAUCAUCGCCUCUGAGCAGUUCAGCUUGAAUCAUGUGAAGCUGUCCAAAGUCAUCCAGGACAUGGGAAAGAGGUUCUAUGUGGUCUGGACCAAGCUGGACAGGGACCUCAGCAUGAGUGCCCUAUCGGAGGUCCAGCUCCUACAGAAUAUCCACAAGAAUAUCCGGGAGAAUCUCCAGAAGGAGAGGGUGAGGGACCCCCCCACAUUCCUUGUAUCCAAUCUAGACCCUUUACUCUACGACUUCCCAAAGCUUAGGGACACACUUCAUAAAGACCUCUCCAACAUCAGGUGUUCUGAACCCUUAAAGACUCUUUAUGGCAUUUUUGAGAAGAUCAUUGGUGAUAAAGUAGCCGGCUGGAAUCAGAGAAUAGCCAACGAGUGCUUGAAGAGUUCGCUCGGCGUCAGAGAUGAUGACAACAUGGGGGAGUGUCUGAAAGUGUACCGAUUGAUGUUUGGUGUAGAUGAUGAAUCCCUUCAGCAGAUAGCCCAGGGUAUGGGGACAGUAGUCCUGGAGUACAAAGCCAACAUGAAGUCCCAAAGCUUUCAUUCUCUCCGCAGAGAGGACUGGAAGCUCAGGCUGAUGACCUGUCCAGUUGCGAAUGCAUUCUUCUGUUUGUUUAAAUGUCUCCCAUGGUUAUGCCCCUGUUUCAGACGCAUGAGACAUAAACGCAUGCUUCUCUUAGUUGCCCAGGAUACCAAGAGCAUCCUGGAGAAAAUCCUGAGAGACUCCGUCUUCCCUCCGCAAAUCUAGUGUAAGAGUGGCCUGGUACCCUUCUUCUCACAUGGAAGCCAGAUUACCUUAGGAUCCUCUUCCCUAGAUCCCUAUUUCCCCACUAGAAAUCAAGAGAUAUAAUAGUGCUUCCUGUAAGGAUUUUAGAUUCUUUGAGAGGAGUUAAAAAUCACCCAUUUCCCCUGCCUUGAUUCUAAUGCAUUGUUCCACUGAGGGAUAGGGACGCGUAGUGAUUAAAAAUCAUUGACCAUGAUUCUUAGAUUUGGAAUAUAGAAAUUCUGUUUUGGGGCUGGAGAAAUGGCUCAGGGGUUAAGAGCGCCUACUGCUCUCUGAAGUCUCUCAAAUCUCAUGACCACAUAAUGGCUCACAACCACCCAUAAUGAGAUCCGAUGCCCUCUUCUGGGGUGUCUGAAGACAGCUACAGGGAGCAAGCAGGGCCAGAGUGAGAAGAAAAAGUGUUUGAAGACAGCUACAUUGUACCUACAUGUAAUUUUAGAUAAUAAAUCUUUGAAAAAAUUAGAAAUUUUGUUUUCAGCUAUUAAAUAUGAUAUAUGUCUAAGUCAAUUUUGCUCUGAUACAAUAAAGUCAGUUCCUCUA